AUGACAAGGACGAAGAGAAGAAUAAGAGGCCCGGGCUCUGCCUUCUCCAACUUGGUGGAGACUAGGGUGCGGGAACUUAACAGUGUAAACAGUGCUAACUACCAAUAUGAAGCUUCUGGUAAGCUUGAGAUUUUUGACACUGAUGAUAAACCCAGCAUCCAGAAGCCUUCAGCGGUUAUUGUGAUUGAUGAUGAUAAUGACAAAACCAAUUUCAAGGGUUCUGAGCUCAAAGGAGGCGAAUCCCCUGAAUGGUACCAAAUUUCUUCUGAAGAAGAUGUGGAGGAAUGUGUUAUCGUUUCUUCACCUGAUAGUGCUGGCGAGAAAUUGGUUCUUGGUGAAAAUCCUGGCGAGCCACUAAGUAAUCCUGAGCUCAAGAAGAAAAGCAUUAAAGCCCAAAAGUCAACCGGAGGGAUGACUGCAUCUGUGCAACCAAAGAAAAGGAAGGGAAAAAGCAAAAAUACAUGUAUGCUGUCUGUUGCUAGUGAACGAAAAAAGCAGAAGCCUUCCCAGAAGAAACCCAUUGCAGCAAAAGUUGAAAAGUCCAAGACUGGGAAAUCUAUGUGCAAAAUACCUGGAUGCUUCUUGAGUGACAUUGUCACAUCUAAACAAUAUUCUGGAAGGAAGUUCAAACGCAACAAGGAAGAGCUGGUUCAUAAAAUCUACACACUACUUAACCACACUGUCUUUGACAGCAAGAUGCCAGAGAAAAUAGAGAUCACUUGGAACAAAAAGAUGCUGCAAACUGCUGGUUUGUGCACUACUAAGGAGAGACAGCAACCCAAGAGGGAGCGCUAUGUCCAGAUUGCCAUUUCUCAGAAAGUUUGCGAUUCUCCAGAUCGGAUCCGGGAUACCUUGAUCCAUGAACUAUGCCAUGCAGCCUCCUGGCUUCUCGAUGGCAUCCGUGAUUCUCAUGGCCACUUAUGGCAGUACUAUGCCCAAAAAUGUACUGCAGUACAUCCAGAGCUGCCUGAGGUCACCCGUUGCCAUAACUACGCGAUUAACUAUAAGAUUUAUUAUGAAUGUUCUCAGUGCAAAUUCAGGGUCGGCCGCUAUACCAGAUCACUGAACACUAAACGCUUCAUCUGUGCCAGAUGCAAGGGGCAUCUGGUGUUGCUGCCAUUAUUUCGCAAAGAUGGAACCCCGAUUGUGCCCCAUGUGAGACCAUUUGCCAAAUACGUGCAGGAGAAUUACAGAGCAGUGUUUAAGGAGACAGCAGGAAUCAGCCAUGGGGAUGUGAUGAAAAAACUCAGCAAGAAUUAUUUUGCCAGUAAACAAAAGAAAGAUCCUUAAGAUUGUCCUGUACUGUAUUCAUGUGAGCCAAAUCCUUUACUGGGAGGAGGUUUUAGAAAACUGUUUCUGUAAAGCCAAGACAUUUGAAAAAACAUAAAUUUGUUUUCUAAUUUGUUAUUAAUGUUUAUUCUUAAGAGUUCUAUUGCUAAGUACUUAGCCCUUAACAGCACUUGAAACCCUUCGGGUGUAUCUUGGAUCUUAACUUUGACUACAUAGUUUUAACAUGUGGAACAAAACACAGAAGGAAAAGAGUUUUCCUGAGGGGGAGAUGAGAAAAUGAGAAUGUUGUUGGAAAGAGAAUUAAUUUGUAAACUAGGGCUGAAGUUUGACCUAUUAACACCUACCUAUAUAUGA